CAGGUCAGCAUGAAGAUGAUGAUAAUGAUGGACAGGACCUUACUGCGAGUUUUUUAUCUCUCAGGGUGGUUCAUCUUCUCCUCAGGUCUUUACCAUGAGUAUCACUUUGUUAAUACAAAUUUGACGUGGAGUCAGGCUCAGAACUACUGCAGAACCACAUACACAGACCUGGCAACCAUUGAAACCAUCACAGAAAUAAACCAUGUUAUCAAUACCUUAUCUGGUAGCAACUCCCAGGUCUGGAUUGGUCUCAACGCUCGUCACGAUUGGCGUUGGACACAUGACAUUUGGGACAAGUUUGUAGAUUUACAGAACCAAAACAAAAAUGGUCCAUUUUUACCGUAUUGUUUAGGUCGUAGUUUUUCAACUAAUGGAGGAUGGUGGAUUGAAAACUGUUCACUGGAAUAUCCCUUUGUCUGUGUUAAUGGAACACAGGAGGUUUAUGUGAAUCAGUCUAUGGACUGGUUCACAGCCUGGAGGUACUGCAGAGAGAACUUCACUGACCUAGACUCUUAUGGUUACGUACCAUGGAACGCCAGCUCAUGGUUGUACAACGCAUGGGUCAACAAUCAAAAUCUGAACAAUUUGGUGCCAUCUAACGUGCGAGUCUGGAUCGGCGUUGUUUUUUAUCUACAAAUGUUCUGGUCUGAUGGCAGCAACUCCUCAUUCAGAUACUGGGAUAACAGUACAUACACAUUUGAUGAGGUAUGGAAGAACCAGAUGAGAGUUGCUGUGGAUCUGCAGAGGUCAGGAAAAUGGAGGCUACUGCUCCAUGAUACAACAUUACCAUUUGUCUGCUAUAACAGAGUGGAUAUGAAGAGUAUAACAGUACUUAAACUCAGACUCAGCUCCUCUGUGGAUCUGAACGACCUUGAUGUUUAUGAAAACAUCCUGAAGCAGCUGCAGGACAGACUGAAGGAGAAAGGAGUGAGUGGAGUCACACUGAGGUGGAGGAAACAGCCUGAUGGGAAAAUCUUUCACAAGGAGGAAAAGCCUGCAGAAGUGAACGAUGGAUGUUGAGUUAACACACACACAAGAUAAUAGAGAACAUGCAGCUCUAGCUGUGGUAAAAAUGCUUCUGCUUCAAUAUUCUGUAUUUUUUGUGUCUGAACAGCAACUGUGUUCAAAUUUAUAAAUUCUGGUGGGAAUAAA